GCUGCACCGUCCACUGCACACUGACCUCUGACCUGACUGUGCAAGGAACAGUGCAUUUCGCUAUUUUCCUGCCGUUUUUCUUGAAUUUUGCGCGUUUUGAGGCAAAAUGGGCGAUCCCGGCCCGGUGGCCGGAGACGGGGACAGCGACGACGCCGGGUUCGCUGAAGGUGACAUUGAAGAGGUGAUAGAACUUGAGGGGCCGGAAGCAGACGACGCUCUUGCAGACGAGAUUGACGAGAUAGACCUGGGUAACUAUGGUGACGGUUACCAAGGUGACGAGGGUGCGGAGGGUGACAUGGAGAUGAUGACGGACGAUGCAGAUGUUGUCUUCAGUAAACACAUCGGCUCUGUGUUCUGUAUAGGGCUGGACCGUACCACUCAGUCGCUGGCGGUUACAGGGGGGGAGGAUGACAAGGCUUACGUGUGGAGGCUGGGGGAUGGGGAGGUUCUGAUGGAGUGUGGAGGUCACAAGGACUCUGUGACCUGUGCGUGCUUCAGCCACAACUCGGCGCUGGUUGCCACGGGCGACAUGGGCGGGCUGGUGAAGGCCUGGGACGUGAACAGCCGGGAGCAGGUCUGGGAGUUCGAGGUCUCCGACUUGGAGUGGCUGGACUGGCACAUGGCAGCUCCGGUCCUGUUCGCGGGGACGGUGGACGGAGACGUCUGGAUGUGGAAGGUUCCGAGCGGAGACUGUAAGACGUUUCAAGGUCACGGGUGUCAGAGCACGGCCGGCAAGGUCAUGCCAGAUGGUAAGCGACUGUCUGUUGGGUACGAGGAUGGGACAGUCAAGGUGUGGGACCUGAAGCAGGGCGCGGCUCUGCACACUUUCUCAGGUCACCAGGGUCAUACGGGGGCAGUGACCUGUAUGGACUGUCACCAUGACAACGUGCUGGUGAUGUCAGGAGCGACAGAUGGGACCGCCAGGAUCUGGAACUCUGCAGCUGGAAAGUGUGUAUCAGGUUACACAACGGGACCAGAGACCGGUGGGGAUGAGGACGCCAACUCUGUUGAGGCAGUGGGGCUCAGCAACAGCCAACCCCUGGCAGCAGUGGGCUCGCUGAACGGCACCCUGGGAGUGUGGGACAUCCCGACUGGGGUACAGAGACACAAGUGCAGCCACCCUGGUGGUAUAGUCCGCCUGGCGUGGGCGGAGUCGGGUUACCUGCUGUACACCAGCUGUCUGGACGGCGUGACCAGAAUUUGGGACAGCCGAACCGGCGCGACCGUGCAGCAGCUGACCGGUCACUCCGAGGAGAUACUGGACAUGGCCGUCAGCAGGGACGGAAGCGUUGUCCUGACGUCAUCCGGAGACAACACAGCUCGAGUUUUCAAUCUGCAGAAACCUGAGCGGUAACACCGCCCUGCACACCCCCGCCACACAGUGGAACAUGCCACAGUAUUCUGCACUUAUUAUAUCAUGGAUCAGUCCACCUGAAGAAGAAGGGGGGCUUAACUGGGGUGCAAUAACAACACCCCUCAACAAGUCUGAAGGACUCAAUGAAUUAAUAACCUUUAAAAGGGUUGAAAUAAAAUUUUAUUUUAUUGCAAAAUGUUAAGUUUUUACUUAUUGUAAGAAUGAUAUAACAUACAGUAACUUAAUUUCUUGCAUGGUUCAUCAGAUAUUCCAAUCGCUGAUGAUAGUGUAGGCACUUCUGAUGACUCAGGUCUGUCCUGGUACCUUUACUAUUGGGUAACACCCAGAGCAUCGGAUGGCAAAUCUUGUUGCCAUGUGUACAUUCCCUGGUGUUUGAGCUAACAACAGAACAGUCUAGAAUGAGAUAAAUGUUUCAGACAAGCCUAAGGAGGUUACGUUAACCUCCUUGGACAGCUUUUACCAUAAUCAUGUACAUUGUACACAAGAGAAAGCCAUUAAAAUGCAUCAUCGUGCCAAGG